AUGAAGCACAAAUUUACAUUCGUAUCAAGUAUAUCAUCAAUAUCAUCUGCAACACAUUUAUAUUAUACACCAGAAACGAAAUCGGAUAUUAUUGCAUUUGCUAUUGGUAAUCCAGAAAAUAAGGUAACAGCAAAAUUAAGCAAAAAUAAUCAAAAAUUCUUAGGAUCUGAUAUUGGUGAUUUACUUAUUCAACGACAUAAUCAUGAAUUACAACGUUGUUCACAAUUUUAUUCAUUAGCCAGUAUAUUUAAUGAAACAACAACCAAAGAUAAACAUCCAAUGAAAUUAAGAAAUAUUAAGAAAAUGUAUUCAACUGGACGAAAAUAUUUUUUUCGAUUAUUUCUUUGUUGUACAAAUGAUAUUAAUUAG